GGGCACCUAUAUUUUACUAUCCUGUUCCUUAAAUUUGUUCGCACCAAUUUAAACUUUCAACAACGAUAUGAGGAAAAAUCGUCCGAUGUUGACCGUUAAUUCACUGCUCUACAGAAUAGCAUCUGCAAAAUCCAACGAAUUGUGGCUUCAGUCUACGGGACAUGCACAGUUUGCAGAAUCAGCAUUAGAUGGUGAUCACUCUUUCACUAGUAGCAGUCCUGGAUUUUCCACAAGAUCAGUGGAGGAUUCUGUUGGGGCACCAGGGACUGUAAUUGACAGAUUCUCGCCACCUGGAAUUACUGGAGUUUUCUCUCCAAACUCUUAUGUUAUGUCAUCCCAUCAAGAUGUACACAUUCCACAACCAAGUUAUCCAUUUAGUGGUUCAAAGCAUAUAUGUUCCAUCUGUGGAGACCAGGCAUCCGGGAAACACUAUGGUCUUUUGAGUUGUGAAGGCUGUAAAGGAUUUUUCAAACGCACUGUACGAAAGAACCUCGUAUACACUUGUAGAGAAGACAAGGACUGUAUCAUAGACAAGCGCCAGAGAAAUAGAUGCCAGUAUUGUCGCUACCAAAAAUGUCUUGUCAUGGGCAUGAAACGUGAAGCGGUUCAAGAGGAACGACGACGCAUGAAGAAUAGAAAGAAAAAUGAAGUAGAGAGUACUUGCAAUUCUGUUUCUGGCUUGGCUAAAGAAAGAAUAUUAGAAGCUGAACUUCAUGUGGAAGCUAAGAAUGAAGAACUUGAUAUGAAUAAAGAACCAGUUGCUAACAUAUUUAAAGCAGCUGAUAGACAGUUGUAUCAGUUAGUGGAUUGGGCUAAACAUAUUCCACAUUUUACUGAUUUACCUAUUGAAGAUCAGAUGGUUUUACUUAAGACGGGCUGGAAUGAACUCCUGAUAGCUGCAUUUUCUUUUCACUCUGUUGAUGUCAAAGAUGGAAUAGUCCUUGCUACAGGAUUAGUUGUUCAGCGAAACAGUGCACAUAGUGCCGGUAUAGGUUCCAUCUUUGACCGAGUUUUGAAUGAGUUGGUGGCCAAGAUGAGAGAGAUGAACAUGGAUAAGACUGAACUGGGAUGUCUACGAGCCAUAAUUCUUUUCAACCCAGAUGUGAAAGGUUUAACAAUGACCUCAUAUGUUGAAACUCUCCGAGAAAAAGUGUAUGCAGCCUUGGAAGAAUACUGUAAACAAAACUACCCAGAGCAACCAGGUCGUUUUGCCAAGUUGCUUCUGCGUCUUCCAGCUCUCCGGAGCAUAGGCCUCACCUGUCUGGAACAUCUAUUCUUCUUCAGGCUAAUUAACAACACACCUAUUGACGAUUUUUUGAUGUCGAUGUUGGAAGUACCCUCUAACCCAUGAUUGUUACUUGUAUAAUAUGUUUAGGUGUUUUUCAAGCAUUUGUUCCUCUUUUCCUUCAACACACAAGUUUUCUUACUAAAUUCUUUGUCAUCAAGUGUUUGGAGCAUGUAUACAGGCUUUUAGUGGUAGGAGAUAUGAUAAAGUUCAUUUUCACAGAAGUGCAAGUGCGAAAGGAUUUGUUUGUACCUUUAUUUUGUAGAUGUGUUACGAGAGUAGUAUUAAACCAGAUAAUGUAGGUUAAAAUAGUUACUGUUUUAUCCUUUAUCACUGUAGCAAACCAGAUAUAAUAACAGAAAUAUACAGUAUAUUUUAGCUUGCAGUUUGAAGAUUACAAUGACCACAUUUAAGCAAGUGCUGUACUUUUAAAUAUUUGGCAUGUAUAACAUAAUUACUGGCUUAAGUGUGGUACAAAAUAGUUCAAUUUGAAACAUUUUUUGUAACUUUUGCAUGCUGAUUUCCAGUACACUUAACCCAUUGACUGCAGCUGCUCUAAAUGCAAGUGGAAUGUUUGCAAGCCAUACACUCACAUUCAACUGCCGGUACCCUGUACAGCGACUCGGCAGUCAGUGGGUUAAAUAAUCAGUAAGUCCUUUCUUUACUAGAGAACAGUUGUUGUAAAAAGGUUUUAAUUUAUUUUUUCUCUGUUUUUUAGAAAUGUAAGAAGUUAGAAUUUUAGGUUGUUAAAGACAAUCACAGUUAAAGAAAACUAAAUUAUAUUUGAUGUAAAAAAAUUGUUUUUCUAUAAAACAUUAUAUUUAUAUUAAACCUUAUCAUAAAGAAUUCAAGAUUAAAAGGAAAGUAGUGUUAGGAAGGGAUUAAUUACCUCUGCUUCAAUCAUUUUUUAUUAUUUUGUUAAAUGAAAUUACUUGGCUUUGAUAAAUGUCAGUAGUUUUAGAAUAAGAAGUAUGAUAAAACACAAAAGUUAAAAUUGUGACUGUUAAAUGAGCCAAUAUGAAGAAGGUAUCAAUAGUGUUUGCCCAUUCAAGCUUUGACAACUUUGACUUUUUAUAUAGUGUACCAUAUCUCAAGGUAGAAAUAUCACUUAUAAUGGACAUGGAACUCCUCUGUUCUGAUUACAUUUGGCAGUAACUUGCAAUUAAAAAAAGUUAUCUUAAAUGUUUUUACACACUUUUUUUCUUUCAUAGGCACCUGUAUUGGGAUAUCUAAGAAUACGUGUUAAAAAGUAAUAGUAGUCUAUUAUUAUAAUGUUUCUUCACACUUUUUAGUGUGGAAAGGGUCAUGUCUUAUCAGCUUAUAUACAAAGUAAUAGCUAAAGCACACUAUUAUAAUUUGAAACUUAACACUGUAGAUAUCCAACCAGAUGACUUUUAUUCCUGAAAACCUGUAAUGUAUGCGUGUAAAAAAGAAAACCAAGAGUACAAGUUGACUUGGUAAUAUAUCACUAUUUUUUCUAAAGAUUAUAUAGUUUGGAGAUCUGUGUUUGGCUAAAUAUAUAUAAUCCAUUUUUUGUUUGUUUUUUAAUGCUUUGUAUUUUUGAAGGUAACUUGUAUGUUUUUAUUCUUUUGAAGAUUGUAUUAUAACUUAUAACUAGAAUAGAAUUAUUGUUUAUAGUGUAUAAGAGAUAAACUAAUGAGCUAUUCUCACUCUUAAUCUUUACAUUAUUUAACACUUUCUUUUUAAUGAUGUAUCUGUAUUGUUGUCUUUUAUCAAUGUUUCUGUGAUCAUAUAAUGUCUUGGCAGGUAACAAAAGGUUCAUUACUCUAAGACAGGCACAUAAUUUAUGAAUUCUUUAAUUUUGAUUGAUAGUUCCAAGUUUGUUAGCACUGAUUGUAGCACCUAGGAUUUUCUUUAAAUUUAAUUUUACAUUUAAGUGAUACACAAAAGUAAUCUAUUCUGACUUCUUCAGCCUAAACAAGAAAACUGAAGCCAUUAUCAGCUCAUAAUUUCACUUAUUUUCAAGCACUGAAUGUUGUCUCCCAGAAUUUGAUGAUUUCCCUAAACUUCCUCACUGCCACAUUUCUAGAUAAAUAUAAAUAGACACAUCUUUUAAUCUUUCAUUACAUAUUUGAAACUGGUAAACUUAGAGAAUUUUGAAGAUAAAUUAUACCCUUUCUUCAUGGUGUACAAAACACCAAGCCCACAUGUGAUUAAUGUCACAUUUUUUAUGGCCAAAGCAAAGGUUAUAUAGUACAACUCAUGCAUGUGGCCAUGGCAGUACUAUGGGGGGGAUGAUAUAUAUAUAUAUAUGUGGCCAUGGCCGUGAAAGAGUUUAAAAUAUCUGUGUUAUGUAAUGGAAUACAUUCUUCCUUUGUGAGGAUGCUGUAUUUUUGUUAUAAUAAUAGUUAUUUUUGGCUUAUGUACAUUAAGAAGGUACUGCUAUUGGUUGCAUAGAGUACAAGAAACAUGCUCUUAUUGAAUACUAGUCAAAUUGUUUUACACAAAAACUUCUCUUUUUGUAUGUAAUUAUCUGUGCAUGAAAUUCCUAGGUUUUUGUUACUAUGUCAGAUAUAUUUUAGUUACAUGUUAUUUUUAAAUACUUAUGCUAUAUAUUUCGGGGGCAUAGCCAGAAUAUCAUAUAAGUACUAAAUGUUUUUUGAUUGGAAGAUGUUUAAAUAUAGUUUCUGUAUUGUUGCUUUUUUUAUUUGCAAAUCAAAAGUUUGAGAUGAUUGGUAAAUAAAGGAAAGGGAAAAAAUAUAUUAUCCAUGGUUUUAAAUUGAACAAAAAAUAUAUUAUGGUGUUUUAAAACAUAAUUUUUAGAAAUCACUAUUUUUUAUAUAUUUCAAUCUUGAAGUGCCAUUCAGUGUGAUAUUUGUUAUAUGUGAUUAUUCUGCAUAAAUAGAAAUAAGCAACUUAGUAGGUUUAUUAAAGUAUUUGCGAAGAGUUGUUAGUAUUAAAGUGAGUCAUAAUAAACUAACAAGCAUAACAUAGACUCAGAGGUGCACAACAUACGGCCCACAGGCCAAAUUUGGUCUACCAGCUUAUUUUAUACAACCCAUGACACAAAAUUAUAGUGUGCAAAGUUGUAAGUUUUUUGUUUUUUUUAAUUUGAUGGAAAUAUUUUUAACUCCCAGAGAGCGUUACCAAUUGCAUUCAUUAAUUUUAAUCGCCAUUUCUCUAUGGCAUUACAGAAUACUGUUUAAGUGGAAUACAGUUUCAUAAAAUAAUAAAUUUAAUGCAAUUUGUUUGUUCACAUCUCAUGACGUGGUCAGUGUUUUUUUUUUUUUUCGUAUUUAUAGAAUUAUUAAAAACACCCAUUUUUAUAUGUUAUCAAAUUUAAAUAAAAGUUUCUGCAUCACAAUUUAAUAGAAAUAUUGUUAAGUAUUUAAAUUUGGUAGAAAUACAAAGGGCUCAAAAUGGCCCACCAAGUCUCAAUCACAUUCCAAGUUGGCCCAACAAAAUAUUGUGUUGUGCACCCCUGACAUAGACUAAUGUGUACUUGAAAUGUUUUCAAAUUACCUGUAUAAAAUAUUUCUAAGAUUAUGUUCCUUCAUAGGGUUUUCAAGAAACCAUAUUGUCGAGCCAUAUUAUAUGUUUAACAUACCGCAUGGAGAGUGCUGAAGUGACAUUUUGUCAAGCAUAAUGCCCCAUGCCCCAACAACUAAAGUGUUUUAUCAGAGCAUUUUUCUAUAUCAGGAGGAGCAA